AGCACAGACACUAUACUGCAACCAUUACAGAACUACUUGCUAUUAAGUAUUGAAAGUACAGUUGAGAGAUUACUACAUCUACCUGACAAUAUGUGUGCCGCUAAACUAGAAAACCCCAUGAACGACCACGACUUCGGCAAACUCUUCGACCACACCAUUCUGAAGCAAGAUGCGACCAAGGAACAGGUUGUCGCUGUGUGCCAAGAAGCAGCCAAGCAUAACUUUAUGAGUGUGUGCGUCAACCCGGGAUGGAUCACAACAUGUGUGAAAGAGUUGGAGGGAACUGAUGUCAAGGUAUGUACUGUCAUCGGCUUUCCCCUAGGUGCCACAACGUCCGAGUCCAAGGCGUAUGAGACCAAGAACUCGAUCGAGAACGGUGCAUUGGAAGUAGACAUGGUCUUGAACGUAGGAUUUAUGAAAGACGGUAAUAUAGAUGCGGUGGAAUCCGACAUCAGGGCAGUAGUAAACGCAGCACGACAGGCUAACGACAAAGUGAUUGUUAAAGUGAUCCUCGAGACAUGUUUGCUGAACAAGGACCAGAUCAAGACCGCAUGUGAGCUGUGUGUGAAGGCUGGUGCUGACUUUGUGAAGACGUCAACCGGUUUCUCAACUGGAGGUGCCAAGGCAGAGGACAUAAAGCUCAUGAGAGACACUGUGGGCAAGGAUGUGGGUGUCAAGGCGUCGGGUGGUAUCAGGGACUACGCCGCUGCCAUCGCUAUGGUGAACGCUGGCGCCAAUCGUCUGGGAUGCAGUGCUGGUAUCAAAAUCAUCGAACAAAGAGCGGCCAAUGACACACAGGCCAGUGCAGGUACAGGCCUAUAUUAAAGCAUCGGUACUAACGGAUUGACUGGCACAUACUACGCCAUUCUUGACAGCAACUACUCGAUUCUAAACACUCAACACCUAUACUUAAUCCCUAGUAUAUACUGCACCAUUCGUUCGUAUCAGAACACAGGAUUAUAAUCGAGCGAAAAUGCAGCAGACUGGAGCGAAUCUUCAGUGGUACAGAUACGUAAAUAAAGAAACACCAUUUCCGCGAGCAAAUUCGUAAUGUUUUUCAUAUAGCCUACCACAUUUUGUAGCUGGAC